AUGUUAACAUACAGACAAGACUCCCCAACAGUUAUAAAUACAGACGAUAUGGAACAGAAGUUGAAACCAUUCAGUUCACCUCUACCAAUCUACAUUCCUUCAACAGCGUGUACACGUAUUCUUAAAAAUUCUGAAGUUCAUAGAUUUACAGGUGACUAUAAUUCACAACAACGAAGACUUAGACACAAUGAUUCUGAAGUUGGUAAAUUAUCAUACAGUGACAGUACGUCUUCAGAAUUAGAAAAAAUAAGUAUGGAGUAUAAAAACAACAGUUUUAUGACAAAUAAAAAGCAAGCUAACAAACCGAAUAUACCCCGUUUACAAUUACCUUCAAGUCCAAAACUAACACAUUCACCUAAAACUAAUCAAAUGAGAAUUCGUCAAUCUUCGUUACCACGUAAUAGUAUUACAACAAGUAAAUCAAACAGUUUGAAAAUACCUAAAUCUACAAGCUCAUCAUUGUGUUGGUGGGAACCACUUAAUCGUCAUGACGCUCAUAUUAUGGAAGUAGAAGGAAUAAAUAAUUCACCAUAUAAUGAUAAAUUUAACCUACCUGAACCUAAUCCAGAAGUACUGAAACAUUAUUAUUAUUUAUGUGCUCAACAGCCAGUGAAAGAAGCUUCUCUUAUGAAAGCAAUAAAUGAAGCUGAAAUUCAAGCAAAAUAUGAUAAAAUUGCACAUUAUGAAUUUUUAAGACGAAAAUCUUUACAACAUCAGUAUAAGCGAACUAGAUUUUUAAAUUCACAUCAAUCCAGAAAGUUUGGCAUUGAAUCGAAACAUUUAAACAAAAUAAAUAAUAACAACAAUAAUAGUACUAAUCGAUCAAAUUUAUGUAGACCUGAACAUUUUACACAUUUAUUACAAAAGGAGAACAAACCAAAGAACCUUCUGAAUAUUCAGAUGAAGAUGAUUUAUGUUCAACUAUGA